AUGGCGGACUACCUUGAUAUGUGGCAAGACAUAGAGACGGUGCUGCUCGGAGACAUCAAGCAGUCGACCACAGAAGCAGCCACCUCGCCCUUCACGCCCACCAACACGCAGCCAGUGCAGCCGCCCGCGCCCCAGCAGCCUCCCCCUCCGCCCUCGUCCGCACAGCUCCCACAGCAGGCGACUCCCCCCCAGUCGCUCCUUCCGCCUUCGCCUUCGUCAGUGUCCGCCCUGCCCACCUGCGCCCCUGCCCAGGUCACCAGCCACCACCAGCACCACCUCAGCAGCACAGUGCCAGCCGCGUCCUCGUGCCACCCGGAGCCCCGCACGCUGUCGCCGCCGUCAGGAGAGACGUACCCGACGCCGGUGGGCACGCACUACCCCCCUCCGUCGCCGUACCCGAUUCACCAGUGGCGAAUCAAGAGCGAAUACGUGGGGGAGCAGAUCGUGCCCGAGGCCAGCUGGGACUACAAGGAGGGGACGUACUGGACGGAGUACUACCCCUCCAACGACCCCUCCGCUCUGCCAACCCCCUGCUGA